AACUCGCUCAGUCGUCACAGCCAAGUACAGUAAUCACGAGUGAUAUUUUGUCUGUCUCUAAGACAGUUCUCCAAACCUGCAACACCUUAUUCUACAACACCACUCUUGAAGUCAUUGGGAGGAGGAAACCCUCAUACAUGGAUUUCUGGAGGGAAUAAAAACAGUUUGUUUGAACAAGAACUAAUGGAUCCUCGUGUGACAGUUAACUUUACGUGUCAGCGGUGCAUGCAUCCCAUUCACUUGGAUGCUGGAUUCUCACAUCUCAAUGAACACACACUUGCUGAACUUGCUUUGCCUAUUUAUCCUGGAGAAGAGGUAGAAUUUGAUCCAUCAGACGUAGACAAAUUGGUACCUCCACUGCAGCUGACUGACUCCGGCCAUCACCCUCAUGGCUUUACCUUGGUUGGAGAAUCUGGUGACACUGAAAAGACACAGCCUCUUAAGGUAGCUACAGGCCUUUUUGACCUGGUAAGUUCCAACAGCGACAUCGAUCAUCCUCUCUGUGAAGAAUGUACGGACGCUCUCUUGGAUUUAAUGGACACAACAUUGUCCAGAACUCAAAAGCAGGCACUGAUGUCCCAGCAGCUACAAGCAUCAUUGGCUGACAUGCCAAACAUUGAUGUUACUGCUCUUGAAAAUGAAUUGAAAAAUCUCCAACUUGAAGAGGAACGGCUUAUCAGGGAGUUAGCAGAAGUAGAAGCUGAGCAGGAUUUGGCUCAGAAAGUGUUGGGGAAUCACGAGGAAGAAAAGGCACGAUUGGAGGAUGAGGAGGAGCGUUACUGGAGAGAGUAUUGUACUCAUAAGUCACAACUUACUGCUAUGGAAGAUGAGAAUAGAAGCCUUAAAAGUCAACUGAGCUACACACAAAACCAACUUGAACGACUAAAAAAGACAAAUGUGUUUAAUACCACUUUCCAUAUCUGGCAUUCUGGCCAUUUUGGAACAAUAAAUAAUCUUCGCUUAGGUCGACUCCCUACUGCUCCUGUCACCUGGCAAGAGAUAAAUGCUGCAUGGGGCCAGACUGUUUUGCUCUUGGCUUCUCUAGCAAGGAAAAUAGGACUCAAAUUUUCAAAGUAUAGAUUGGUUCCUUUUGGCAACCACUCAUAUAUUGAGGUUAUUGGUGAAAAUCGUGAAUUACCCUUGUAUGGAUCUGGUGGAUUCCGAUUUUUGUGGGAUACCAAGUUCGAUGCAGGGAUGACUGCCUUUUUGGAAUGUGUAGCAGAAUUUCAACAGCAUGUGGAAGCACAAGGUGGCCAGGCAGCUCGUUUUUGUCUGCCAUAUCGUAUAAAUAAACACUGUAUUGAAGAUCCUACUUCUGGCAAUUCUCUUUCUAUAAAGAUGCAGUUCAACAGUGAAGAGCAGUGGACCAAAGCUCUCAAGUUCCUUUUGACUAACCUCAAAUGGGGACUUACAUGGGUAUCUUCAGCCCUCUUUUCUAGUACACAGGGCGAAACUUAGGAAAACAGGAAUGAUUGUGGUGGUUUGUGUAAAUAUCUCGAUUGGGACUGGGAAGAGAAACAGGUGGGGUGUUCAAGAAUGUUAUGAACAAUCCAUGUUUAUUAUAUUCAUUUUUUUUUAUAUUUAAGAAAAAAUAUUUAAUGUAUUUUGGAUUUAUUUUUUUCUGGCAGGGAACCGUUAGUGGCUCCCUGAGCUAAUGGAACACAUGGAAUCACCAAGCCUUAGCCCUGCAUGCUAGGGCUCUGAGACCCAACCAUUGUAUACUGGAAGCCAUGACCAAAAUCUGGCUCACUGUAAAGGAAGGGGGAGCAGGGGAUAAGAGAUCAACCACAAAACUUGGGGAAGUUCGUUUUCUUUUGUCUAAGCUUGCUGAUGAGUUUCCUCCUGAUUAGUUGUUAAUCUCUUAUUCCCUGCUUCACUUGCUUUGUAGAGUAAGUUAGUCUUGAUCUAGCUCCUUGAAGGUGACAGAUGGGUUUUGAAGGUCUGGUGUGUUAACGAAGGCUUGGUGGUACAUUGUAAUAGUAGAUAGAGCUGAACUUGUGUAGCAUUUCAGGAAUUAAGCAAAUUUAUAGGAUAAAAAUUAUGUGAAUUAUGUAGUAUGAAGUGCUUAGAAAAAUGUAUAGAUUUAAGCACAAUAAGACAAUAUAGAUAUGUUAAAAAUAGGAUGAAAAGUUAGUCCUGUACACUACUGUACAGUGAAAAAAAGAAAGCAAAAUAAUAUUAGAAAUUGGCUGUGUUUUCAGCAGAAAUUAAUGUAUAAAUAUGAUAAGUCUGUAAUGCAUGCAUACAAAUGGUAAAGGGGCAUAGUACAGAAAAUUGUGAUGGAAAAGUGUGAAUGGGGAUUGUAUUGGUGAUGAAUUAAAUCAAUAAAUUUGUAUUGUUCUCCAUUCUGUGAUUUGGAAGGUUUGGUUCAUUGUCUCACUUUUUACUGUAUUAUUAAAUUUAAGAAGUGUGAGAUAUUUUGAGAUAUGUGGGAUGAAGGCAGCUCAGUUUGAGAACUUGAUCAUUGGCUGUGAGUCAUGUGAAACAUUAAUUUCAUUGAUUAACUAAGGUCAUGUGGAACCUAAAUUUUGGUGAUAAACAAAAGGGAUUAACUACUGCAGGGAAUUAAAUUAGGUUUUUUGUUUUGCGGAUAAGUUGCAAGUAUGGCUAUAUCCAACCAUAGUUUACCAACAACUAUUUUUUAGUGAGAGCUUAACCAAUUACAAAAUAUCUUCAGUUGGUUUUCACAAUACUAUAUAGUCUUCCUGACUUGACUCCGUCUUUUGAUAACUACUUCAGCUUACAUUCACAUCUUGGUUUGGUUUAGGCUUAACAUAUAUUAAGUUUUUUCAGGAAGUAACUUGCUGCACUAAAGUAGCAAACAUUCAGCGCAUGAAUAUAGUGAACCAGUUAUGAAUCUUAUAGCUAUAGCCAACUGACACAGCCAAAUGGUGCACUAUUUUUAAGCAGUAUAUAUCACAUGAUGCUUAAAUAUUUAAAAAAUUGGGUGACUUUCCAAAUUGAAGUACAGUACAAUUAUAAGGAAGAAUUUGAGGUAAACUUUGAACACACACACACACACACACAUGAUCUCUUCCUUUCACCUUGUUGCCUGUCAUAAUGGUCCCCCUUCUAACAAAUUGUUGAUUAUUUUGAUAGAUUAUAAGUAUUAUGUUGCAGUUGUGUCAAAUAUCCACAUAUUUUUCAGGGUUAUCACUUAAAAUUAUAAAUUGUGUAUUUUAGAAAUUAACCAGAUUAGAAGUUGAAGAGAUUUCAUUAGCAUGUAGAGUUUUAGGAAAUAAAGCUCUGGAAUAUUA